AUGCCAGCCGCCCCGCAGAUCCAGAACAAGCCCGCUGCAGGGAUCUCCUACUUUACCCCAGCCCAGGUUCCCCCUGCUGGAACCGCCGCAAUCCCUCAAUCCGACGGCACACAACCACCCAAGCUCUUCCAGCCUUUCACCGCGCGAGGUGUUAAAUUCCACAACCGGAUCGGCCUUUCCCCGCUUUGCCAGUACAGCGCCCAAGAUGGCCACAUGACUGAUUGGCACAUGGCGCAUCUGGGCGGCAUUGCGCAACGCGGGCCGGGCUUCCUAAUGGUGGAAGCUACCGCGGUGCAAGCCAACGGCCGAAUCACCCCCGAGGAUCACGGCCUGUGGCAAGACUCGCAGAUUGAGCCGCUCCGCCGCGUAGUCGAGUUCAUCCACUCCCAGAAUCAAGUGAUCGGUGUGCAGCUCGCGCAUGCAGGUCGCAAGGCCAGCACCGUCGCUCCCUGGUUGAGUAAGGCGGAUACAGCGCCUGCGGAGUUCGGCGGCUGGCCUGAUAAUGUCAAAGGGCCUUCCAAUGUGCCUUUCCAUCCGAAUUUCCCUACGCCGCAGGCAAUGACUAAGGCUGAGAUCGAGGCCUUCAAGAAAGAUUGGGUUGCAGCUGUUAAGCGUGCUCUCAAGGCUGGUGUGGACUUUGUCGAGAUCCACAAUGCCCACGGCUACCUGCUCAUGAGCUUCCUCUCACCUGCGACCAAUGACCGAACCGAUGAGUAUGGCGGUAGCUUUGAAAAUCGUAUCCGGCUUUCCCUCGAAAUCGCUAAGCUCACGCGCGAGAAUGUCCCGGAUGAUAUGCCUAUUUUCCUGCGAGUUUCGGCAACUGACUGGCUGGAAGAGGCCAUGGCGGACAAACCCAGCUGGCGCGUCGAAGACACAGUCAAGUUUGCGCAGGCGUUGGCUGAGAGCGGUGACAUUGAUGUUUUGGAUAUCAGCAGCGGUGGCAAUCACGAGAAGCAGCAUAUCCAUGCCAAGGCUGGUUUCCAGGCGCCAUUCGCCGUUGCUGUCAAGAAAGCCGUUGGAGAUAAGCUCAAGGUUGGCUCGGUUGGAAUGAUCAGCUCGGCUGAAUUGGCCAGCUCUUUGGUCGAAAAGGAUGGCUUAGACUUUGUCCUUGUGGGUCGUGGGUUCCUGAAAAACCCAGGACUUGUCUGGGCUUGGGCUGAAGACCUUGGUGUUGAUAUCUCCAUGGCUAAUCAAAUCCGUUGGGGCUUUGCUAGCCGUGGAACUGGUGGUGGUCCUUAUCUGCAUAACAGACCAGGUAAAGCAUAG